CGAAAAAGCAUUUUUUCGAAAAUGUGUUUUGAGCUUUUCGUCGCGCCGUAGGAAAAAGAAGGCGGGGUUUCAAAGAGGUCACAGCGGAAGUAGAGAAGCAUCACGGGAAAACACGUGUGGAGCUGUGCAACAUCGCACGAAAACACAGUAGGUUACUGCUUUCAUCUGCUUCUCCUAAAUAAUCACCAUGACUUCCAAAAACACUGUGAGCGGCGAUGACCGCUUCUCCAAGGUUAAAAAGGACCCUCGCUUCUGGGAGAUGCCCAACAGAGAGCGCAAAGUCAAGAUCGACAAGCGUUUCCAGUCCAUGUUCCACGACGAACGCUUUCAGCUGAAGUACACAGUGGAUAAACGCGGCCGACCCAUCAACCACUCGUCCAGAGAGGACCUCAAGCGCUUCUACAAGCUCUCUGACUCCGAACAGUCAGACGAAGAAGAGGAUGACGAGAAGACAGAAGAGACUGAGAGGAAGAAGAAAGAGGCUGAUGAGGAACCUCAAGACGAGAGUGAUGAAUCUGAAGAGGAGGAAGAAGCUAAGAAAACUAAAGAGCUGCCGAUAAAGGGAGUGAGAGUGUUUGAAGAAGAUGAAGAUGAGAAAUCUGAUGUUGAAGAGGAUGAUGAAGAUGGUUCUACUGAAGGUGAUGAUGAUGAAGAUGAUGAUGAGGAGGAGGAUGAGGAUGAUGAAGAAAAUGAUAGUGAGUUAGAUGAAGACAGCGACAAUGGACCGGAUCUGGCCAGAGGGAAGGGUAACAUUGAGACCAGCUCUGAUGAAGAUGAAGAUGAUGAUGAUGAUGAUGUUAAGUUGGAGGAAGAGGAGAUUGAGCAUGACUGGGGAGAGAUGUGGAAAGAUGCUCCACGCAGUGACAAUACUUCACGGCGGUUGGCAGUUUGUAACAUGAACUGGGACAGACUGAAAGCUAAAGAUCUGCUGGCUCUCUUCAAUUCAUUUAAGCCCAAAGGAGGAGUAGUGCUGUCUGUAACGAUCUAUCCGUCUGAGUUUGGGAAGGAGAGGAUGAGCGCAGAGCAGACCCAGGGUCCGCUGGAGCUCGCCAGCCUCCCGGAGGACCCCGAAGCAGACACAGAAGAGCAGAGGAUCUACCGAGAGAAAGUGCGUGACUAUCAGUUCAAGCGUCUGAGGUAUUACUACGCCGUGUUGGAGUGUGACUCUGUCGAAACGGCUGCAAAGAUUUACGAGGAGUGUGACGGCUUCGAGUACGAGAGCAGCUGCUCCACCAUCGACCUGCGGUUCAUCCCUGAUGAUGUGACGUUUGACGAUGAGCCGAAGGACAGGGCGACGGAUGUGGAUUAUGGUUCCUACAAGCCCAAACUCUUCACAUCGACGGGCACCACCACAGCCAAGGUUGACCUGACGUGGGAUGAAACGGAUCACGACCGGGUCACGGCUCUCUGCCGGAAGUUCAAUAAGGACGAGCUGCUGGACAUGGACUUCAAGGCUUACCUGGCCUCCUCCAGUGAGGAAGAAGAGGAGGAGGAGGAAGAGGCAGAGAAACAGACGGAAGCUGAGAAGCCGGCUCAGCCUCUUCCUGAGGAGAAGAAGGGCAGUAAAGGGAAGAAAAGCACAGAGCAGAUCGCUAAAUACAGAGAUCUACUGAAGAGCAUUCAGGACAAAGAAAAGGAGAAGGAGGACAACAUGGACAUGGAGAUCACAUGGGUUCCAGGACUAAAAGAAACAACCGAGAAGCUUGUGAAGAAGAAAAUGAUGGGCACAGAUGUACUGACUCCAUGGCAGGAGUACCUGCAGAAGAAAAAGGAGAAAAAGAAAGAGAAAAGGAAAGGAAAGAAGGAAGCGAUGGAGGCGGAGCCUGUGAUUAGUGAUGAUGAACUUCCUGCUGAUGUUGACCUUAACGACCCCUUCUUCUCAGAGGAGCUCGGUGCGGCAGCACCCCUGAAAAACAAAAAGAACAAGAAGAACAGGAAGAAGGAUGAGGAGAAGACACCAGAAGAACAGGAAGAGCUAAAGAGACAGAGGGCUGAGAUGGAGCUGCUGAUGGAUGACGAUGAAGACGGGAAGCACAAACAUUUCAACUACGACAAGAUCGUAGAGCACCAGAACCUGAGCAAGCAGAAGAGGAAGAAGCUCCUGAAGAGCAACACACCACUGGAGGACGACGACUUCCAGGUGGAUGUUCAGGACCCACGCUUCCAGGCUAUGUUCACGUCCCAUCUUUACAACCUGGACCCGUCCGACCCGGCCUACAAGAAGACCAAAGCAUCGCAGAUCAUCUUUGAGGAGAAACUACGGCGCAGAGAGGAGCACCACAGUCAGGACGAGACGCCGAAGAGCAAAGCCACACAGGAGAAGCUCGAACCAGAGACUUCAUCCACCACUAAAGUCAUGGACUCUAAUUUAUCACUGCUUAUCAAAUCCAUCAAGAACAAAACUCAACAGUUUCAAGCGCGCAAGAAACAAAAGACAAAGUAGACUGAGAACGAGAGACUGUGGAGUGGAUUAUUUGCUGGAUUGUGCAACUUUUCUGGAUGUCUUUUUGCAUUGCCUCAUCUGUGAUAGAAGACGAAACGAAAAGCUGUUUGAUAGUAAACUUCAUAUUUUGUGUGCAGUAUGAUUACUGCUAUGAAAUCAUCUCCUUGAUCAAAAUCAUUAAAACAUCUAUUUAGACUUA